UCCGUCUGAACUCGAUCAUGGAUAGCAUUUGGUGGGUGACGUUGCAGAGAUAAGGCAACGCACGACCGCAAUCUUGGCCAGCGGAAACAGCUCGGUUGUGGUUCCCAGAACUCGGUUUGGUGGCUCUUUUUCAGCUGGCCAAGGUGCCGGGUGGAGGCGGCUCUGCUUCGAUAAACUUUGAUUUUCAGCUCGCCAAAUCCAAACUCCAACGCCCCAUUGGCUCGGGCGAUGGAAGGUUGCAAAAAUUCAAUAUCGAAAACAGGAAAGAGUCAUGCACAACCCGUGCUUUUCGGUGAAGAUGCCCCGUCAUCUAUGCUGUUACGAUCUGGUUUAAUUUAUGCGCAUCGAGGUCAUUGGGGCUCUGGCACACCGCAAGUUUUCAACAUCUGCAUUUUCUUUCAGCGUUUUCGCGAUUCCAUCCUUCCCGGGUGCCGCAUGUGGCGGCGGCUGGCUCCAUCCUGCCAAGCACCGCCUAACCGGUUUUGGAAAACUUCAGUGAUGGCUUGUUUCGUGCGUGUCGCGCAUUCGUCGGCCGUUUGGAGUGUCAGAUUGGCAGGCAUCUUCAGAGCGGCAGGCAGGACUGCGUAACCAUCAGCCCGCCUGGCCGUGUAUGGAGCUCCUAGACUCACCACUAGUGGCGACAUACAAAGGAGACGUGGCCAAGAUGUCGUUGUAUCUCGAAUGCUCAGCUCCCCUUCGGCAGCUGGUCCUGAGAUGG